CCUGAGCGGCCGUGGGCGGGGAGCGCCGCGAUAAAUAGCGGGUGCGCGGGGCUGACAGCCCGGACCCGGGCGCACCGCGGCGCGAGCGGCAGCGCUGCCCGUGCCCGCUCCGCUCCCCGCCCCGCCGCCACCGGUUUGUUUGUCUCUUUUUGUUUCUCGCGGACAGCCGGAGGAGGGGGAGGAUCGGGGAAGCCGGCGGCCGAGCCUUUCCCUUCUCUCUCCCCGCGGCGCUCGGGAGAUGCUGGAAGCGGCCGGGAGUUGGCGGCGCCCGAGACCAGGAGCGGGAGGAGCGUGAGCCCCGGCCGGUCCCUGCGGCGGCCGCCGUCCCGCUGGGGCCGCGGGAGGCUGCAGGAUGCGGUUUCGCCUCUUCUCCUUUGCCUUCAUCGUCCUCAACUUUAUGGAUUACGGCCACUGCCAAAGCGGCCGCUGGAGACGCAGCAAGAGAGCUAACUAUGGGCCAAAUCCAAUUUGCAAAGGCUGUUUAUCUUGUUCAAAGGAUAAUGGGUGCAUCAGAUGCCAACACAAGCUAUUCUUCUUCCUACGAAGAGAAGGAAUGAGACAGUAUGGUGAAUGCUUGCAUUCCUGCCCAUCAGGGUACUAUGGACUCCGAACGCCAGAUAUGAACAGAUGUUCAAGAUGCAGAAUAGAAAACUGCGACUCCUGCUUUAGCAGAGACUUUUGUACCAAAUGCAAAACUGGCUUCUACUCGCACAGAGGCCGCUGCUUCCGAGGAUGUCCCCCUGGAUUUGCAGCCUUGGAAGAGCUUAUGGAAUGUGUGGGCUGUGAAGUGGGUCAGUGGAGUGAGUGGGGAACUUGCAGCAGAAAUAACAAAACAUGUGGAUUUAAGUGGGGCCUGGAAACAAGAACAAGACAAAUUGUGAAGAAGCCAGCAAAAGACACGAUACCGUGUCCAACCAUUGCAGAAUCCAGACGGUGUAAAAUGGCCAUGAGGCAUUGUCCAGGAGGAAGAAGGCCAACAAAAACAGAGGACAAGAAAAAGAAGAAAAAGAAUUUGAUGGAAAGGGCUCAGAAACAGCACAGCAUCUUUUUAGCAACAGAUAAAACAAGCCAGUAAAGACUUGAUUUUCUUUAAUAUAUUUUUUUUUUGCAAAGUGCACAAAAGCUGCUAUAUUCUCCUGCCCCUGAAUGCACUACGAUUCAGCUGCUUCGACAGUAUUGGUGACAAAUAACUUGUGAAAAAAGCCCACAAGCUUGUUUGGUUUAUUUAUAUUUUUUUUUUAUUUUAUUUUUUUCCUUUGAUUUUUAGCCUGAAGACUUCAAGGUCAGGAGCACACUGGGUUGAAUCAGUGGAAGUGGUGCUGAAGUGUGUCAAAGAUUUUGCUCUGAGUGCCUGGUCAAUGUGUUGACACAGAAGGGAAGCAGGAAAGGGACCUGUGUGUCACCAUUAGGCGGACUUGUGCAUAUUUAAAUUAAAAAAGGAAGUCUUGGAGUUGUAGGUACUAUUGCAUUUACGGCCUUUGUUUCCUAUAUUUGUACAUUUAAAGAGUAAAUGGGAAUGAUUUACCUACUUAGUGUUGAUGUACAUUGUUCUCAGCACCUGCUACAUUGAAACAGUUAACUGCUAUAAGAAAAUAUACCACAGGAAUUACUGCUUAGACUUACAGAAGCACAGCAGUUCCUAUGUGUACAUAUUACUCUGUCUACCUAUAAAUGAACAUAUUUACUGUACAUCUAUGCAUUUUUAUGUAUGAUACUUUACACAUGUCUAAAGUUAUGUCCUGUUGGUUCUAGUAAUAUUCGUUAAAAUAAUCCAGUAAAUGUUUACUUUUUACUAUGUUUUAAGUAUCUUCUCAUAUUUCUCAAUACUUACAAACUGGAUUUUUUUCAUGUUUGUAAAGCACAUUCAGAUGGCUAAACUACCUUAUACUGACCCUCAGUGCAGCAUCAGCUCUGAAGAAUACUUGACAGACUAGUAAACUGCAAGUCUUUUCUGGUAUUCUAGCUCAGCCCUGGUGUAUGUUGUCUCAGAAAAAGAAGUGUGACUUUUGUAAGAUGAGGCACAGUGAUAGAUGUUUUGAGUGUCAGGAGAGAAAUUAUAUGAAAAGCUCUUGGUAUCUAGAUUGUAUGUGUAGUUUUUUUCCAAUAUAAUGUACAAUAUUUUAUUUCUGCUAGUCCUGAUCCAGUCAGAUACAGCAAACAAACACCUGAAUAGAGGAGAAAUAAAGGAGAAAACUACGUAAAUUUAGUAAUUUGAAAGUAUAGCAAGUCCCCAUCAAUGUCCCAGUAUUAUUAUAUUGCCAGUAGAAGUUUAACAAAUUUAAUCUGCAUCUGGUGGGUUUUUUGAAGUUUUUUUUGGGAAAGGUGGAGGGAACUUUCUGUGUAGGAAUUUAAAAUGGCUCAGGGUGUGUAAUUCAGUAAUCUAAUAUUAUUUGACUUGCAUUCAAGAUUUUUUAGUAUCUGCUGGGAAAAGCCCACACUGAAAUGACUGUCAUUUAUGCUCUCACAUGGAGAAGUUAUUCCAGUUCUAGGACUAAAACUUGCAUGUGACUUAAACAAAGCCAAGGAAAAGGUAAAACAGACCCCAGAUCCCUAUUUUGACAUACACUUUAGAAAAAUCCCACAUAUCUGUUUUAGUUUUAUGUGUUACAUACUUUACAAAUAAAUUAGGGAAAUAAAACAUCUAUAAGCACAAAUAUAUCCAUAUUUAGGUAGGACAAGUGUUGCUACAAAAAUGUGCGGUAGUUAGGCACAUAUGAAUGUUCCAUGAAACCGCUUGUGGACUUUGACUUAACCAUGAUGUUUGCACCAUCUUUCAUUGACUGUUUUCAUCUUGGUCUGCUAUUUUGGACAUUAUUUUCUCACUUAAAAAAAAAAAUAAGGACAAUAAAAGCUAUAGCUGCCUGUUUUCUUACUGGUUAUCAAAUUUGGCUGUAAGUGCAUUGAAUGCACUCAUACAAUCCUUUUAGUAGUCAUUACAAAGCUUGUAUUAGGCAUGUCAUGGAAAGAAUGCUACAAAAAUACAAUAAAAUGAUGUCACAAGCCUUGAAUACAAUAUUUUUGGUCCUUUUUUAUUCAAAGACUGUAUUUCUUCAGAAUAGCAUACACAGAAGAAUUGGAGAAGGUGUGUGGAUGCAGAUUUUCUCCCACUGGAGUGGAAAACAUUUUUUGAACAUCUACUUUGUUGAUACUUAACAUGUUUGAAAAGACCACCUGCAUUAGAUAUACAUUGAUUUCUCUUGUUCCAGUCACUAUCAUAUUCAGGGUUUCCUUGAGAGUGUAUCUACAAGAAUCUCAUCCCUAAGUAGGAAGUGCUCUCGUAUAUAAUUUCUAUUUUGUCCUAGACAUCUGUUUUUAUCCUGCCUUUGCAUGGUAGAUCCUAUCAAUGUAUUCACAGCACUGGGGUUUUUUCAGGAUCAGACUUCUCCUGGGGUUAGAAAAGACUGUUACUUGGACAUUAAGAAAAGGUUCUUCACUGAGAGGGUGGUCAUACACUGGAACAGGCUGCUCAGGAAAGUGGUCAUGGCACCAAGCCUGUCAGAAUUCAAGAAACAUCUGGACAAUGCUCUUAGACAUAUUGUUUAGUUUUAGAUGGUACUGCAAGGGAGUUGGGCUUUAUGAUCCUUAUGGGUCUCUUCUGACUGGAGAUAUUCUAUGGAUCUAUGAUACUAUGACCUUGAGAGAUCAUCUAGUAUCAAUCUCUGCUUCAAACAGGGCUACCCUUGAAGUUAUAUCACAUCUGUCUGGAGUAUUUUACAACCUCUGUAAAGGUGUAAAGGUCAUGUUUGACCACCUUCACAGCAAUACUUUUUGUUGCUGCAAUUUAUGCAGAUUACCCCGUGUCCUUUUGCUGUGCACUUCUGAGAAGUGUUGAGUUCAGUCUUCUCUUUAAGCCUUGAUCAGGUAGCUGAAGACUGCUGCUAGAUUUCCUUUUAGCCUCCUCUUCUCCAGGUGAAACACCCAAAGUGUCUUUGGCCUCUCUUCAUGUGUUUUGUGCUCCAGUACCCCGAUUUCAGUGACCCCCUGGUAGACUUCAUUCCUCUCUCAUACCGACUACCCCAAACCAGGCACAGCAUCUCACUUGCUGAGUGCUGAGCACAGGAGGUCCAACCUCUCCUGAGCUACUUCCUUUCAGGAUUGCAGAGAAGAUCCUCACGGCAGUGGCCUUCAUGCUUCUUCUGGGAUGCUUGCAGAGCGAGGCACAGCUCCGGAAGAGGACUAGUUUAUGCUGUUGCUUCAGAAUCUUCAAAAGGAGACUUGUUUCUUGAUGAAGUGAAGGAGAUCAGGCUUUCAAAGCUGUAAAUCAUGAAAACGGCUUGUGCCCACUCUGCCUCUUAUUUCCUUUAAAUUUGAUCAGAAGCAGGCUUGUAUAGGUCUUGCUUCUUUUCUGGUAAGCAGCUGACAAGGUACAGAUGCUGCCUUUUCUUUCAGCCUUUUCUUUCUUCCAGAGCUGUCAUUACUUUUUGAAUCUAGCUGCUUCUCUCAAAAAGUGGAAGGAUUCAGGACAGUGGGUUUUAUGUCCCCGGUUUAAUGAUUAGCUAUUGGAAAUCUGUUUAAAACCAGAAAAGACUCCAGUUAGUAGGAUAAAGAACUUUCCAUCCUGCAGGCAUUGGUUAACAAUAGUGUUACUUUUUUAUUUCGCUAUGAUGUGCAAAAAGUUCUUUUUUUUUUUUUUUUUUUUAAAGAAUACAUUUCUUUCUGUCCCAGAAAAGGCAAUUGCCCAGCCCCACUCUGCAUUUAGGAUCUCUUUGUACUCAAUAUACCUUACCUUAUCCUGACCUCCUAGCAGCUGUCUCUUUAAAUUAAAAAAAAACAAACAACAAAACAACAACAGACCCACUCCCAAACCCCAGGUGCAAGUUUAAAGUAAUUAUUUUCUGGCUGGUUGAUCUUUACUGCAUCUCAGCUGUUCUUGCUAGUAAGAAAUGAUUGUUUCAUGUCUCUUAUUCCUGUGGGAGAAAAAAUUUUACAGUCCACGUUAUGGAAAUACAAACCUUCCUUAUUGCAAUAUCAGUAUUAGGAAAUAGUUCUCCUCUUAGACCUUUAUACUUAAAAUAAAGAUGUCUGUGAAAGAAAAGUGAAUACUUGUAUAACUUAUAUGAUGUGUCUGCCUUUAUGAAUCUGUAGUGCAGAAAACUGCAGGGCAGAAAAAAAAUAUUGAUACAAUGUUGAUUGAAAUCUUCUAAAUUGAGAAGACUUUUCCAGACAGAUUAAGAUCAAAGUGCAUGCUUCAACUUUGUUAUGCUGAUAAAAUAGAAUAUAGAAUAAAAAUGAC